GAUCCGUCGAGAUCCGUCAACACUUAUUGGCUACCUCUAUUGGCCGCUUUCUCAAUCGACCCAAACUGCCGGAUAGGACGUCGCCAUUUUAGCACUCCCCCGGAAAUAUUAUCGUUGUCACAUCCAUGUCUAUCAAGUUUUAGCUUGCAUGUGUCCCAAAAACUGCGCACUUUCCAUUACGUUUCUCUUUUACCGCCAACUUCGCUCUGAUACCCCGAUACACUGAUACACCGAUACAAUUGCUAAGCUAACUUGGUCCGCUGCUGUAUCCGCUGCUGUAAGACUUUAUUAUGGAAGGGCCCAACCUGUCGGGUUUACGACCAAAGGCCGCCUUGACUUCUGGCCAUUCUCUUACUGACUCCUCUCAUCCCCCAACCAAGAAGAAGUCAAGGAGGGGCGGGGAUCCGUCCAGUCAAAAGCGACGAUGCGUCAGCACCGCAUGCAUAGCCUGUCGUCGUCGGAAGUCGAAAUGCGAUGGCGCACUCCCGAGUUGCGCCGCGUGCGCAAGCGUGUAUGGUACUGAGUGUGUCUAUGAUCCCAACUCGGAUCAUCGCCGAAAAGGAGUUUAUAGAGAAAAAAUCGACAGUAUGAAGGCGCGGAACUCUACUCUCCAAAUCCUAAUCGAAGCUAUCCUUAAUGCAGACGAAGAAGAAGUCCCUGAAAUAGUCAAGAGAAUACGAACCUGCGAUAGCUUGGAUACCGUGGCCGAGUCAAUCCUCAAGCAAGAAGAGUUCGGCAGUGUGACAAUAGAAGAUGAAGAUCAGAUAGAGAAUGACUAUACUACCGAUAUGCCUGUUGAGGGUGAGAGAGACCUUGCCAGGAAGAUGGGUGAGUUACGGCUAGAGAACGGCUCGACGCGCUUCAUCGGUGGUACGUCUCACCUGAUACACUGGGAUAUACAUGGAGCGCCGAAUCCUGAAUACGAGUCCCGGAAUACUACCGGCGCAGCCGAUAUAGAUCCUAUCACGAGUUGGUCUGAUGUAACAAAGGAUCGAGAGGUUGUCAAACAUCUUCUCGAUAUGUACUUCAACUGGCAUUAUCCGUACUUCACCACGUUGUCACGGGCUCUGUUCUAUCGCGACUUUCUAAAGGGGAGAUCAAAUAUUUCACCGAAUAAGGUUGCAUAUUGUUCGCCUUUAUUGGUCAAUGCGAUGCUCGCGCUAGGGUGCCACUUUACUGAUGCUGCUUGCGCCUUCGGUACGAAUGGAGAUAGCUGGACCAAAGGAGAUCACUUCUUCGCCGAGGCUAAGAGACUGAUUGUUGAUAACGACGAGUAUGAAAAGCCCCGGUUAACGACAGUUCAGGCUUUGGCUCUAAUGUCUGUUCGAGAAGCGGGUUGUGGUCGAGAGGCUAAAGGUUGGGUAUAUAGCGGUAUGAGUUUUAGGAUGGCACAAGAUUUAGGGCUCAACCUAGAUAUCGGUGGCAUCAAGGGCGAUAACGAGAAUUUGGACGACCACGAGAUAGAUGCGCGGAGAGUCACUUUCUGGGGCUGCUUCGUGUUCGAUAAAUGCUGGUCAAAUUACUUGGGUCGACUUCCUCAACUACCAAAGAAUUCCUACAGCGUUCCCAAAUAUGACGUUUUCCCGGACGAAGAUGCCGAACCCUGGUGUCCAUAUACUGACUCUGGUUUUGAAGAAUCAGCGAGGCAGCCGUCGCGAACCCGUACGGUCGGUCUACAAUUAUCCAAAUUGUGUGAAAUUAGUGGCGACCUUCUCUUAUUCUUCUAUCAUCCAAAUCACAUAGGGCGAUCGAGCGGCAAGUCAGUCGAGCUCAAAAAGUUGAGUGAACUACAUCGGCGCCUUGAGGAUUGGCGAAAGGAGUUGCCCAAGGAACUUGAACCUAAGGAGGGCCAAUUACCCAACGUCAUUUUAAUGCACAUGUUCUUCCACCUUCAAUAUAUCCACCUCUUCCGCCCUUUUCUCAAAUACUGUCCAGCUACGUCCCCCUUACCACCUCAUGUAUCUCCCCGGAGAAUAUGUACCGCAAAUGCAGGUGCUAUCUCCAAAUUGAUGAGAUUGUAUAAAAAGCUCUACAACUUGCGCCAAAUCUGUAAUAUCGCAGUGUAUAUGCUACAUUCUGCUUGUACUAUUCAUAUACUCAACCUCCCUGAGAAGACUGCAAGGAGGGAUAUCAUUCACGGUGUAAAGCAUCUCGAGGAGAUUGCAGAAGAUUGGCUCUGUGGGCGACGAACUCUUAGCAUAAUUAGCGUUCUCGCUCGUAAGUGGAAUAUUGAGCUUCCUGAAGAGGCUUCUCAUGUUUUACAGCGUACGGAUGAAAGAUGGGGUACUUUCAAGACAUCCGAUGUACCUUCACCCCGUUCGCACAUGGCUAUAUCUCCAUCGCCUCCAGCUAUUGCGAUGUCAUCGCCAGGGAAAGUUGAACACAGUCCCACGAGUCACAAUACUCCCCCGACUUCAGUCCCAUCACCAACAGGCGGCCCAGGAUCAACCGUCCCACCCGAGAGAAUGCAGAAUUUAACCUUAUCACCACCCAGCUUCCCACCUGACGCACAAAUCCUGCAACCAGUGUUGGAUAGUGUGGUUAUUAUGGGCAACUCUGUGCCCUUAGAUACAAACGAAUUAGCUAGUCCAGAUUGGCGCCAGCCUCCGACUACACAGAACGUUCUCAAUUAUCCGCAGGCUUUCUCUCGAAUUCCAGACAAUGCUGGCUCUAACCAAGCAUCCCAAAAUGCGAGACGAAACCAGGUUUCGAAUUCCAUUUACGCCGUUGAUGGACAAGACUGGUAUCUUAAGGAUGGUGUAAACUGGCAGUCUGGCUUCGAUACCUGGAAUAUGGGGAACGGGCCAUCCGGCUCGAAUAUAUCGGAUCCAUCCAUGUUCAUAUUCACUUCAAAUCCGCCCGGCAAUAAUUCUGGGCGUUCUCUUGCUUCCAUGGAUUUCAACUUCGAGGGCCUCAAUAACUUAUCUUCUUCCAUGGACGGAUGGGAUCUUCCCAAUUUGGAGUAAAAAGAUGGCUAACACUCAAGUGUGUAUUUCUAGUACCGUGCGUUUGCUAGAGCCAGCGUGCUAGGUUAUGUGAAAUCUUGAAAUUAUAUAAGGACCUUGGGCAAGCGAGGGGCAUGAUUUAAGAAAAUUACGACAGUAUGCUUUGUAUAAUGAUAUUACGUCUGUUCCUAGCCUUGCUGUCGUUCAAUGAUGACGAGAAUUAUAUAAAAUGCAAAAUGAGUUCACACCUUGGAACCAGCUAGGUUAGACAUAUUAAUGUGGUUGUUUUAGUUAUAGGAAUACUGGGUAAGUACCUACCUAUCUACCUAUGCUUAAAGACAACAUAAUUUUUCAAGAUACUAACAGUUUUUACUUACACGUCUCCUCCUUUGUCAGAUCCUAUUAAUCGACACUAUAGUUAUUCCAAUUUCGUCCAUUUUUCUCUGUAUCUCUUUUAAUAUCGGCAUGGUCACGACCUGAAUGAACUUUCAUAUUGAACGUUGACUGUACAAAUCAUAAUAUAUGGUUGAGAAAUAGAAAGCUCU